AUGUUUCGCCUAACUCCCCGUCCUUUCAUGACGGUGAUCAAGAAGACCACUCUCUAUGCACCCGUCGAGGAAAGGUGCAUUCCAAUGUUUCAAAGCGAGUUCAACCAGCGUCCAUUUAUCAACCCUUUACAUUUGUUUCCUAGUGAUACCGUGACAGUGCGGGAUCUCUUUCAGAUCAGUCCGUUUUACCCACAGAGGGUUCGUAGGGCGAUGGCACUUCAUCGUGCUGGACCCGGUGUGCAAGUGGCUGAAGAACCUGAUUCGGAUUCGGAUGCCUCCGUCCCUCUUUUCACUCCGAGGAAAAGAAAAGCCAAGCAAUCAAAGGACAAGGCCAUUGAUCUUGAAGAUUUUGACUUUUCCGCGGAUGACUUUGUGCUUCCAGGAUGGGGCCCGAGUCUUCCUUAUGGCGAUGGGAGUGGUGCGAGCGAGGCUCCUUUCCCGAAUAUUGAUUUUGAUGAGUUGCUUUCCGGCCUCCCUACGAAUUUUGACCUAGCUCCGCCAGCAGAUAUACCGGAGGGAUCCGAGGUUGUUGUGGAGGGACCACGCUUAAUCAACGGGGGAGUAAACAUGAUCAGAUCGGCCCAUGAAGCCAGGACUCGUGAGGCGAUGGUCUACCGUUUCAAAGUGGAGAAGGCUGAAAAGAUGCUCGCACGCGUUCAGAAUGAGGCUGUGGAACAUGAACUUAAGUCGGUCCAUGAUCAUUCCUGA